AGCUGAAAAAAGGAGGGGAUUUUAAGGAAACCGAAGGCAUCAAAGUCUGCAUUAUUAAGGAGGAUUUGAGGAGUCUGCGUUUAUAAUCCGACAUCAGAGGCGGAAUGUGAAUCCAAAUAACUUAUGUUAAUUAGAGAUUUUAACGAAUAUGAUGCGAUUUGAACGGCUCUGACGCACCGGGGGAAGAAUUUGAGAUUGGCCACUUGAAUUUAAACAUCUGUGGGGUUUUUUGGGGGGACUGCUGGUGUUCACCGUCGACUUGCCCCCAGAACUGAUUGCAGCCUGUACGGUGAUUUGCGUCUAAAAAAAGGAGUUGGCUAUCAGAGGUUGUAUCGGACUACUGUGCUCAUCACACACACUGGAGUUACCAUUGUUCCGGACCGAGGGGAUGAUUUUAGCGCGUCUGUUCCGCAAUGAUUGUCGCCUAAUUUCCCAGGUCCGACUACACGGUCCGCCAGACUUUGUGGAAAAGGAAAUUAUUGUUUGUUGUCAAUGUUUAUCACAUCCACGCCAGUCUGCAGUGCAACUCAAUACAGUGGAUCGCAAGAAAAUCCCGAGGAGUGACAACUGACAUUCACACGACGAGCCACGAAAAGCUCCGGAUCAACUUCAAAACUAAAGCGCACAAGUUUUAAGUCUGGAAUAUAAGAAUAGAUGAUUCUCAGAGGACAGAAGACGAAAUACACCUAGGCCUACAAAAUGUUCAAAAGGGGCUGUGGGCUGGAGUUCCUGCUGGUUCUCUGUGGGCUCGAGUUUUCCUGGUCCUGCCCCCGUCACUGUAUCUGCUACACUGCACCCAGCACCGUCUCCUGCCAAGCCCAUAACUUCCUGUCUGUCCCCGAAGGCAUUCCUCCCGACAGUGAGCGCAUCUUCUUACAGAACAAUAAGAUCCAUCGCUUACUUCGGGGCCACUUCAGCGCCAAUACGGUCACCCUCUGGAUCUACUCCAAUAACAUCACAUACAUUGAGCCGUCCACCUUUCACGGCUUCACGCUGCUCGAGGAGCUGGAUCUGGGAGACAACCGCCACCUGCGCUCCUUGGCUGAAGACACCUUUCACGGGCUGAAUCGGCUCAAUGCGCUUCACCUGUACCGUUGUGGGCUCAGUUCACUUCCUAACAACAUCUUCCAAGGCCUCAGAAACCUGCAGUAUCUCUACUUGCAGGAUAAUCAUCUCAAGUUCCUGCAGGAUGACACAUUUAUGGACCUCCACAACCUGAGCCACCUCUUCUUGCAUGGCAACCGUCUGUGGAGCCUGAACCAGAACACCUUCAGAGGCCUCCGAGCCUUGGACCGACUGCUUCUGCACCAAAACCAGAUCGAGUGGGUUGAUCGCCUUGCCUUCCAUGACCUGAAACGUCUCACCACCCUCUACCUGUUCAACAACACCCUGAUACAGCUGUCCGGACAGUGCUUGGACACACUGCCUGCAUUGGAAUACCUGCGCCUCAACGACAACCCCUGGUCAUGCGACUGCAAGGCUCUGUCGCUAUGGGAAUGGUUGAAGCGUUUCCGAGGCUCGACGUCUUCGGUGGGUUGCCAGGCACCUCCUGAAAUGGUCGGGAGAGACCUCAAGGAGCUGCGCAAGGAGGACUUCCCCAACUGUUCACCAACUGUACCCAAUUCUGAGUCCAGAGCCCAGACUAACAAUUUAUCUGGCACGGUUAAUCCAUCUAUGAAUCGUGGUGUAGUGGUGGGCUCUGGAGGGCAGACCCACGUAGUGCACCCCUCGAGGCCCGGCCGUUCUCGGAACUGCACAAAGCCUCGUAACAGGGUGAGCAAAGGGAAGGGUGACAAUGAGGUUCAUCACUCAAAGGAGGUCAUGGUAGACAAGGAGGAUUCCUCCCCAGAUUUCACAGACGGGGGCAAACAUGACCACACGUCCCCAGAUGGCACCGUCACACGGAGGAAGCACAAGUGCACUCCCCGGACCACUGUUCGCCCCCCUAGUGGGGUUCAGCAAGCCAACAAUAGGGCAACCAUAUCCCAGUCAUUACUACAUGUCUGUGCCCUUUUUGUGGCCUUGAUAACGACAAAUAUUGACUUCAUUCUUCGUUGACCUUCAGAGGGUUUGGCAAAUGCUAAUCACAAAAAAACACAGCCCUCAGACCCUCUCUUGCUCCUGCACUACAAGGCCUGUGUGUCUUUUAUGUAUGUGUGUGUGAGUGUGAUUAUAUGUGUAAAUGUAGUGUAGGGAGCUUUACUGUUCAGACUGAAACAGGCAUCAAAGCAUCAAACAUCUACAACAGAAAGACUCGCAGCACAAAAAUCGAAGGGACUAAGAGACAGAGAAUGAUAAAAGGUUAAUGCAGAACAAGCUUGCACUGCCACUUAUGCCAGUAUGAUUUCAUAUUCAUAUGUCCUGGUAUCUUAUGUAUUUUUUUACUUCUGUUUUUCACUCAAAUGGAGCUCAGAUAACCAAAAUUUGGUGAAAAUUGAGGAAAAGAGGGAGAGAUGACAGAGCAAUUGAGGUAAAACUCAUUAGCCAGUUAGCUCUGAGACAGAUAAGCUAGAUCUUCAAGUGCUCCAUCCAGCUUUAAUUUUCAGUUCACAGUUUAAAAAUCGUUAUCAAGGAGUGCAAAUGGUAAAUACCCUGUAAAGCCUCCAGUAUCAGUCCCAUCUUGCUCUCAUCCUCUCUGCCAAAUGUAUUUUGUCCGAACAAUUGGGUGUAAGCUUUUCUCAUAAACAAAGGAGUAAAGUAAAAGCAUGGCAAUAAAUUGUCGGUCAGUAUCAGACAUGGGAAUGUGCCAUUCCAACAAAAUGUAAAUCUAUAGUCAGAGUUGUUUCAAGGCUAUAAACAACAACUACUGUCUACCUAAUUCUGACUUUUUUUCUGGCAUUUUCCUGACCAUUCUGCCUCUUUAACAGUAUUCCUCAUUUGUAUUACAUUUCUGCACACAUCUUUGCUUCCAUCUUCGUUUACACCACUUUCCUUCUUCUGUGCAACCGAAUACUAAGCUGCUAAUUGUUUCGAGAUGACGAGGACUGCCAUGCGCUAUUUUCAUUUGCUUGGAAAACAAUGUGUGUCUCUGGGAGUUCAAGCUGUGAAUAUUGAAGAAGUCUGUCUAUAUCUUGUGUCAGAUGUUGUUCAUUUGAUUUUUUCUAAGACACAAAAUGGACCUACAGAGACGGAUCCCUGCUGCGGGGCCAACAGGAGCCUUAGAGGUGGAGGGUCAAAGGGGGCUUUCUCAGUUUCCCAGUGAGGUUGUGCUGAACUGAACCCUCCUCAGUCGGGGCGUACCUCUCUCAUUGAGAACGUGAGGAACGCAUUUUCUUUCCUAAUCACUUAACUUCAAAAGGAAAACAAGAACAAGACUCAAGAAAAAAAAUGCGUGUGUACCUUCAAUGACUCAUGUGUUCAAUAAAAGAUUUAAAAAAACAAAAAACAUUUUGAAUGGAGCAUGGCAAAAAAAAAGAUCAUGCAGAGAGAAUUAUGCCUCUUAAUUAACUGAUGUGAUUGUCUAUGGAUGUGGGGAUCCAAGACCAAGACAAUCGCUUCUGAAGUAACAAGGCGAUGCAGUACAUUGCAAAUCGACAGAUGGACAAUUACGGGACAUCUUGCUGUACUUCUGGAGCUUUUGUGCCUCCCUUAAAUCUACUGAUAAGAUGGUGUUUGUAUCAAUGAUGUGAACCUUACCAGUAACAAUGGAGACAAGAGGACUUCUUGCAGUGCUGAUAUUAAUCAUUUACUGUAUUACUAUGAGAAAAACAAUAUCAGUGACAUUGAUGAUGAUAACAGGGUUUUCUGCUCCUCCGGUCAGGGGGAGUCUUUCGAUUUUUUGAUUUUCUGGUGAUUUGUUUAUUUACGUAUUUUUCAUGUUAUAUUUUUAGAACCUUUUAUUUGUUGAUGCACAAUUCCUCACCUCCCGAUUUCUUGUUCUACUGUAUGCCUCUUCAUCUUCUUUCUUUGCCAUAAUUCAAUUGUUCAGUAAGUUAUCAUCAGAAAACAACAGUACAAAAAUGUUUAUAAAGAUAUUAAAAUCUAUAUCUUCUUAUGUC